AUGAGAAUAUUAGGACAACUUUUAUUAUGUGCAUUAUUUACUUCAAUACCAGUUAUACACAGUUAUGUAGUAGAACGAAUAGUCAAUGGAGAUUUAGUUGAUAUCUCAGAGAUUCCCUAUCAAGCUGCGCUGAGACGAAAAACUUCAGCCGGGUGGAAGCAUUCGUGUGGUGCUGUAUUCGUCACCAGCAAAAGCGUUGUCUCAGCAGCUCACUGCGUAAUUAGUUACCAGCGCGACCCAUCGCAGCUUCAAGUAGCCGUGGGUACAUCGCAGCGUUCCGGUGGCAUAACCUAUUCUGUCUCCCAAAUAUAUUCCCACGAGAAUUAUUCUUCAGCUACGGUCGACAGCGAUAUUGCAUUGGUUGUUGUAACAAACCAUAUUACCUUUAGUGAAAGCGUGAUGCCGGUACAAAUUGCUCCUUCUCUUCUGCGCAUUCCAGCUGGAACUAAGGCUGUGGUCUCUGGAUUUGGAAAAACCGAUUAUGAAGGCGAGGCGUCUGAUCUUCGAUUAGCGGUAGUGGAUAUAGUAUCUCGCGACGAAUGUGCUCAAGCCUAUGCUAGCAUUGGUACUAUUACAGAAGGAAUGAUAUGUGCUGCUGGAAGAAACCCACCGAAAGACGCAUGCCAGGGUGAUUCUGGUGGACCUCUUGUUGUCAGCAAUACUCUUAUAGGCAUCGUCUCUUGGGGAGAAGGUUGUGCCAACAUUAGCUAUCCAGGUGUAUAUACCAAAGUCUCUCUGUAUACGACUUGGAUUCGUGAAAAAUUAAACGCAAUUAAGUAA